GUUAUAGGCACCUGUCGCUUGGGUGGCAAUGCACAUAAUUGCUCUGGGAGGGGGAAGUGCUGCAUCAGGUGUGCUGGCAAUGAGGCCUUGCUCUUUCCAGUUGUCCCACAGUGUUUCUGCCUUUCUUUUGGUUUGCUUCUCUUUUCCUUCUGGUGCUUUUCUAGCCAUUUCUCCUAAAACCCAUUCUUUAAGUUGUUAUAAAACUUUCCCCUUUAAUUCAAAUGUAUUAUUGCUAUAAAGACAGCUAUUUUUGUUAGUGAAAUGCAAGUGACUCAGCCCUGUCCUGAUAUCAUUUGUGUAAUGCAGAUAAAGCAAUAUUUUUGUGAAACCCCUGUGAAUGAUAACUGUAAAUCUACACUUCAAUAAUAUAUUCACUGGUUCAUUUCAAAUCUGUUGUGGUGAUGUACACAAGCAAAAUUACACAAAUUGUGUCCUUGACCAAAUACUUAUGCAGCAGACUGUAUAUGUGGUAUCUUCUAUAUUAGGCUAUAUACUACAGCACAUAAAGUUUGUUAGUAUAAUGACAUUUAACUGAGUUUAGCUUCAGUAAGUAUAUAAAAAGUCAAGGUACAUAAAGUCAGUGUAUAGUGUGGAUUAGGUGCAGGCUGUUGUCUUGUUCAAUCAACUUUGGAAGCACUGACCCUGAAAGUGCAGACACCAUACGGUCAUGAUACAGCAAAACAGACAGGACUCUCAACUUCAACCCUGAUAAACCAGUUACUGUCCCCCAAUUUUGUAACUGCAGAGCUUGCAUGUCUGUUUGUUUGAUAGGCAAACAUGAAGGCUUGCUACAGUAGAAAACAGCAUGCUAACAUUCAGGGUUAACAGUCAUCUUAGGUGGCAUUGUAUCCUGUUAGAGAGGGGUGGGUAGCUGUAGCACAGAAAUAAUUGGUCGGUGAUGUCAAUAUAAAACAGUUCUGACAGAGACAAAGAUGCAUCAGAACCAUCAUGAAGACUUUGUGUGUUGCUGUUGUUGUGCUGAGUCUCACCUCGAUGUGCCAGGCUGCGUCGCUGGCCUGUAACGAGUUGCUGAAGCCGGUGGACACAGCUCCAGAUCUGACCGGGAGAUGGUACGUCAUAGCAGUAUCCUCAGACACCUGCUUGGUUCCAGCAGCAGUGAAUGCUUUCCUCUGGCCAAGUUUUGCAUAUGACGCCUCCUCUGCACAGACACCAAAUAUCUAUAAGGUCACCGCUAAGAUUAAAAUGUAUGGAUACUGCGCUAAUGAAUCUGAAUCAUUUUUCUAUGACAAAAGCCAUUUCUUUGAUCUCGACAAGAACAACGCUCCAACUGGUGAGCCAGAUGUGCUGCUGACCACUGGGUGCCCUGACUGCCUCAUUUUACAGACGAAGGACAUCGAUGACGAAGUUAUCUACCUCAGUAAGAGACAGGCUGUCACCACUACCGAGCUGGCGGAGUUUGGGGCACAGGCACAAUGUCUUGGCUGGUACAAACCACAGGUCUUUAACUCAGAUCAUGACUAUACAAACUGCAAGAGCUUUGAUGACGUUGAUGUUGAUGAUGAUCAUUCAGCAACAUCGGAGCUGAUUUAUCAAAGGUGGAAAACCUCGUAUAAGAUUCCCUUUGAGUGUUUUUGUGAGAAAGGAUUGUCUUCUGUCGCUUCUGUUCUUGAGUGGAUUGAGAAUGCGUGGAACAGCCUUUAGUGAAUGUGCUAGGGGACAUCACCAUUGAUGUGCAUGUGAGGUGGCGCAAACCCACCUUAGGAUGUAAUAAUCUGAAGAAAAUGUCUGAUUUACCGUUUUAAAAGUAUAG